AUGGACAUAGAGAACGCCAAGAAGCACCUGAGCGACCUGCAGAAGGAGAGGAGGAAGAAGAAAAUUUCCCUUCCGCGUGUUUUGAAGGGGAAGGUAGUCAUCAGGGAGGAGAAGCAGGAGCAGCAGGGGCAGCACCCAAGGGAAGACGCGCUGGAGAGGCACUUCCCCCACAUAUUUAACAAGCCCGUGAUUUACUUAUGCGCUGAGGGCAGAGUGGCUAACGUACUGUCUAACGCACUGCCUAAUGGCAUUAACAAGAAAAAAUCCUUCGACCAAACAGACGCGACGAAAAUGCUGGACGACACAUGCAGAGGGGACAGCGCAGCGAACUUCACAGCGAACUGUACAUCCAAUUCUACCCUCCAGGAGAUGGUGCACAUGAGCACACAGGAUGGUGAGACGUUAAACUUGGGGGUGUUAUUCACUGGCUUGCCAGCACCAGGAGGGCACAACAUCGUAUGUGGGAUUCUAGACAGCCUGAAGAAGCAAAAUAAAAAGAACACCUUGUUUGGAUUCAUCAACGGAUUUGAAGGCGUGAAAAACUACUCCUUUAUGGAGCUGAAAAAUGAAUACAUUAGUAUGUUUCGAAACAGUGGAGGGUUCGACAUGCUGAAGACUAGCUCGUUCGAUUCUUUAAGUGAAAAUGGAAAGAGGAAGUGCUUUAAGAUCUGCAGACAGCUGGACUUGGUGGGGCUGAUUAUCGUAGGGGGAGUUGACAGCCAGAGAGAAAUCACCGCGCUGGCGGAGUACUUCGAGGAGGUGGACUUCCUAGCGGGGGGUGUGGCUAAUGCGACGGAUGAGGGAGAAGACCCCACGUACCAAAUCGUGAGCGACCUGAGCGAUGCAGAAAUAAAGGCCAAGUAUCCCAGAAGAGGAAAGAAACGAAGGAGGAAAAAAACCUGUAUCGUAUGCGCACCGAAAAGCGUACACAACGAGAUGGACAGCGAACUAGUAGAAUGCUCCCUCGGCUUCGAUACGACCGUCUUUACCUACUGUCAGUAUAUAAGCCACUUAACAUCCCAUGUGAGAACAUAUCAGAGUGGGUACCAUUUUGUCCGGGUUAUUGGUAACUCCUCAAGUCAUGUCGCCUUGGAGUGCUUCCUACAGACGAAGGCAAACAUUGUUCUAAUCAGCGAAGAAAUUAAAAAGAAGAGAAAAAAACUAAACGAUGUAAUAGACUUCAUCGUCCAUGUUGUCCAAAAGAGGUAUGACCUGCUCAGAAAAAGGUAUGGCAUUAUCAUUGUACCUGAGGGGCUCCUCGGAAAAAUUGCGGAAUUUAAAAAAAUGGUUAGGGCCCUCCUCUGGGCGAAGAAGCAGACUCUUCACAGUGCAGCCAAUGUCGAGGAGGGGGGAAGAAGGAUAGUUGCCCAAUUUUAUGCAGACAAUGAGGAGAAUACAACCAAUGCGGACACUCCUACGAUUGCGGACAAUGCAACCAGUCCUACCAGUGACGACAGCGCGGAACUAUUCCGCUCCCUCCCCGCCUUCUUCCAGAAGCAUCUCCUGGAGGAGAUCCAGUCCGAAAGGUUCCAGUACACCCGGCUAAAGACAGAAGAUCUGCUCCUAGCCUGCGUGAAGAAAAAAAUAGAGGAAACCAAAAUGAGAGACAUCCACUUCGUCUCGCACGCAUACACCGACGAGGUCACCUGUUCCCUACCGUCCAACUUCGACUGUGCUUACAGUUACCUCCUAGGCAUGGGGUGUGUCGAAAUAGCCCAGAAUAACUACAAUGGGUAUCUCUGCGCCAUCAGGAAACUAAAAAACUUGAUCUUCAACGUGGAGAAGGUCCAACUCGUGGGGGUACCACUGUGCAGUUUCUUGCGGGUGAAGGAGGGGAAGAAGUUGAAGGUGGUACCUGAGGAAGGAUGCAACCAUAUUGAUUCCGCAGCGAAGCGGACGGAAAAAACGGAUCAGCUGGAAAAUGCGGAUCAGCUCGGAAAAUCGGAUCACCUCGAAAACGCCGUGUUCGUUAAAAGAGCAAAAGUGGACCUAAAGGGUGCGUACUUUCUCACUUAUAAGAAGCACCGCUCUGCGCUUCUCUACGCAGACACGUACCGGACCCACGGGGGGAUUCAGUUCGAGCGGAGCGUGGCAGACGAUGGCGAGGAGCACACGGUGGACUCCCCCAGUAAGCUGAACAGGCUCUUCUCGAGUACCUUUGCGACGUGGGAUUCCAAGUGGGGGGAGUUAUUUAACCGGGUGAACUUCACCGUGUCGGGGCUCAGCGGGGGUUACUUCUCUGGGGGUGGCGCCUCCGGCGUCGAUUCGAGCACCGUGGAAAGCACCGCACAAUGCGAGAAGGCGCUUACCCCAUGCUGCCUCGUGCAAAAUGGGGUAGUUCUUGAGGGUACCCCGAGGAGCAGCGGAAGUUGUACCGCUAGUCGCACCGCGAGUUGCACCGCUAAUUGUACCGCUAGUCACCUCCCGGUGUUUCGCUGCCCCUCUGAAAUAGAGCGGGCCCUGAGCAAGACGCCUGUGAAGUUCAACACGACGCUCAUGCGACACAACAGCGAAGUGGUUUUGGUGGACAGCCACUUCGAAUCGAAGCUAAAUUACACCCCAUUUGAACACAUAGAUAAGAUGACCGAUUUUUACGUCGUCAGGGAUCCCCAUGUCAGUGUUAAAGGGAGAAUCCGAUGCAGCGACUCCUCCUUUGUUUCGGAAAAGAAAAACGUAGGAGUUGCCAUCCUAUCGCAUAGCGUCCCGGGAGUAAAUAACAUUCUAGCCGGGCUACACGAGAGACUGUCUAUGAACAAUAUAACGCUUAUUGCUUUUAUGAGGGGUAUAAAAGGACUACUCACUAACGAAGCGUAUGUCCUUAAAGAUAGCCAUCUGAGCAAUUGGAUAAAUUUAGGUGGAGCUUCCCCGCUGGGGGUACAACUCAAGUGGAGAAAAGAUGACGGAGAGGUAGUGCACCUGAAUGACCUGGUUCAAGAAAAACACAUCAACGAGAUAGUGAAAAAUUGUAAUCAGAACAAAAUUAGAAACUUAGUCUUUAUCGGAGAUGAAAAAGUCAUCAGCCUUAUGAACAUACUGAAUGAUCAGUUUGUGAAGAAGAAAUUUGAUCUAAAAAUCACCACGACGGUUCCUGUGUCUCUAUAUAACAGCUUCCACAAAAAUUUGAUCGAAUGUAGUAUCGGCUACCACUCCAUGAUUCACACCAUGAGUGACCUUAUUGGCAAUUUGCAGAGCUGUGCUGUUAAUGCAGGUAACUACUACUACUUUGUUAAGGUACCUACGAAUAUCUCCUCCUUGUCCUUAUUGUCCAUCCAGUUAGAAACCCACUGCAAUAUCUGUCUCGUCGGGGAAUGCAUAAAAUAUCAGAUGAUGAGUCUAGGGGAUCUCGUGCAGCAGCUUUGCUUUAUUAUCAUCGAGCGAAUUAAUAGGAAGAAAUUUUACGGCACUAUUUUGUUCAGCUCCAAUUUGCUCCUCAACAUCAGUGACUUCUGGCGUCUGGUUGCCGACGUGGAGGAAAACAUCCGCGAGGGAGAGGAGCUCGACCGGAUUAUAAACGAGGAGGACAUUUCGGAAGGGCCCCUCACCAAACUGACCGACGAAAGCGCAGACCUGCUUCGCAUCUGCACCAGGUCCGUGAAGGAGAAGCUACUCCGCAAGGAGAACCGACACGAUGACGAGGUGGACUCCAAUUUUGAAUAUGUCCUCAUACAGCAAAUCCAAAAACACAUAAGCGAACUAAUGGAGCAGGCUAAGCAAAUCAACGAACUGUACUCCUUCGAUGCACACAUGAGAUAUGUCCACACUAACGUCAUUCCGAAGAAUGUCAAACUGUAUAGUGACAUAGACUACCUCCACCAUUUUAACUGUGUCGUGAAAAAUAUAGAUCGAGAAAUAAACUGUUGCAUCCCAACCCACUUUGAUAAUUCGCUGGCAUUUUCACAUGGACUUCUUGCUGGGAUUGCCAUAGAGAAGGACUUACUGAAUUACGUCACCUCUAUAAGGCAUCUACAUUUGAAUAAGAAAAACUGGAGCAGCUCCCUCUACCCCGGUUCCUACUUCAUAAAUCGAGAUGACGCAGGGGGGGUAGCCGAGUACCCCUACGCCGCGCCCGUGCCUGUGUCGGUGAAGUCGAGUCAGAUGGCCACCAUCAAGCAUAACGCGGAAACGUGGGCGUACAACGACUGCUACAUCUUCGUCGGGCCGUACCAACAUGAAGUGAACGCAGACAGCCCCGGAUGUUCCUCGCACAUUUUGUGA